CUCUGCUUCUUCUAGUGUGAGAGAGAUAUAUAGGGAGAGAGAGAAGUUGAGAGGUGAAACCUGAGACAGGGAAGAUGUACAGUUCUGCUGUUAUUCUUCACAGAUCUGUCAUUGGGCCUUCAUUGCAUACCCGGAAGAGCUUCGAAAAGGCCUCAAGAGACUACUUGGACCUAAUCAAACCACAAUCAACUUCGGUUAUUCGUGGGUGCAGCAAAUUACAUGGGCAGUGCUAUUUCCUUUCUAAACGGAGGCUUUCAAUAAAUGGGAAGUCUGAGCACAAUUCUGCAAUAUCAUCCCUUUUAACUGAUGAGCGCUCAGCAACGUUGAAUGUUGAAGAAGAUAUUGGUAUCUUGAGCUUGGAUCAAGGCAUGGAGCCAUAUAAAGAUCACUUGAGAUUUAGAACAGGGAGGUAUGUGGAGCAGAAGGAGCUCAUUGGGAAAUAUGAAGGAAGUCUUGAAGAAUUUGCUCAAGGUUAUCUGAAGUUUGGAUUUAACAGAGAAGAAGAUUGCAUUGUGUACCGUGAGUGGGCUCCUGCAGCACAGGAAGCACAAGUUAUUGGGGACUUCAAUGGAUGGGAUGGUUCCAACCACAGAAUGGAGAAGGACCAGUUUGGUGUUUGGACUAUCAAGAUUUCUGAUUCUGGUGGAAAUCCAGCCAUUCCACACAAUUCUAAGGUCAAGUUCCGUUUCAAGCAUGGGAAUGGAGUUUGGGUUGAUCGAAUUCCUGCAUGGAUAAAAUAUGCCACUGUAGACCCCACCAGAUUUGCAGCACCAUAUGAUGGAGUGUACUGGGACCCCCCACCUUCACAAAGGUAUGAAUUCAAACAUCCUCGUCCCCUAAAGCCCGAGGCCCCGCGUAUAUAUGAGGCUCAUGUUGGAAUGAGUAGCUCAGAACUCCGCGUAAAUUCAUAUAGAGAAUUUGCUGAUGAUGUGUUGCCCCGUAUACGGUCAAAUAACUAUAACACUGUCCAGUUGAUGGCUAUUAAGGAACAUUCCUACUAUGGAUCCUUCGGUUAUCAUGUUACAAACUUUUUUGCUGUUAGCAGUAGAUCUGGGACCCCUGAGGACCUCAAAUAUCUCAUUGACAAAGCUCACAGCUUAGGUUUGCGGGUUCUGAUGGAUGUUGUUCACAGCCAUGCAAGUAACAAUGUGACUGAUGGUCUUAAUGGCUAUGAUGUCGGCCAAAGCUCACAAGAGUCCUACUUUCACGCUGGUGAUCGAGGGUACCACAAGCUAUGGGAUAGCCGAUUAUUUAAUUAUGCUAACUGGGAAGUUCUUCGCUUUCUUCUUUCCAACUUGAGAUGGUGGCUUGAGGAGUUCCAGUUUGAUGGGUUUCGAUUUGAUGGCGUCACAUCAAUGUUGUAUCAUCACCAUGGAAUCAAUAUGGCAUUUUCCGGGAAUUAUAAGGAGUAUUUCAGUGAAGCGACUGAUGUUGAUGCUGUUGUUUAUUUGAUGCUGGCCAAUUGUCUGAUUCACAACAUAUUGCCAGAUGCAACUGUGAUUGCUGAAGAUGUCUCAGGUAUGCCAGGUUUGGGUCAACCUGUGUCUGAGGGGGGAAUCGGUUUUGAUUACCGUCUGGCAAUGGCCAUCCCUGACAAGUGGAUUGAUUACUUGAAGAACAAGAAGGAUGAGGGGUGGUCAAUGAAAGAAAUAUCAUUGACCUUGACAAACAGGAGAUACACGGAAAAAUGCAUAUCAUAUGCUGAGAGUCAUGAUCAGGCCAUUGUGGGUGACAAGACCAUUGCAUUUCUUUUAAUGGAUAAAGAAAUGUAUACUGGCAUGUCUUGUUUGAUGGAAGCUUCUCCUGUUAUUGAGCGAGGGAUUGCCCUUCACAAGAUGAUUCAUUUUAUAACGAUGGCAUUAGGAGGCGAUGGUUAUCUAAACUUUAUGGGCAAUGAGUUUGGUCAUCCUGACUGGAUUGACUUCCCAAGAGAAGGCAAUGGUUGGAGUUAUGAAAAAUGCAGACGACAGUGGAGCUUGGUGGAUACAGAUCACUUGAGAUUCAAGUUCAUGAAUGAAUUUCAUAGAGCUAUGAAUUUGCUUGAUGAUAAAUUUUCAUUCCUUGCAUCGACAAAACAGAUUGUGAGCAGCACUGAUGAAGAAGACAAGGUUAUUGUGUUUGAGCGUGGAGAUCUAGUUUUUGUGUUCAAUUUUCAUCCAGAGAAUACAUAUGAUGGGUAUAAAGUUGGGUGCGAUUUGCCAGGAAAGUAUAGAGUAGCCUUGGACAGUGAUGCUUCAGAAUUCGGUGGACGGGGAAGAGUGGGUCAUGAUGUAGACCAUUUCACAUCCCCAGAAGGAGCACCGGGGGUGCCAGAAACAAAUUUCAACAAUCGUCCAAACUCCUUCAAGGUGUUGUCACCACCCCGCACUUGUGUGGUUUAUUAUAGGGUUGAGGAAAAUCUAGAAGAUGGUGAUACUGAGGAGCUGGCUAAUGGAAAUAAAAUAGUGGCAGCAGAUGUGGCUUUGCAGGAGGGUGCCGAAGAAGCAGAUGCGGCGAUACAGGAGCAUAUUGAAGAAUCAACCUUAAUUGAUGAUAUUGGCUCAGAUAAAACUGGGGAUGUUGAAGUUGAGAUGGGGGAUGUGUCAUCAGAUGACUGAGCUUUCCAUCCUUUUGUAAACUCUAUUCUGAUCCUAAAAUCAGUACAUAUUGU